AUGAGCUUUCGGCUAUGCGCACCGCUUCGUUGGCGGCUACAUCUGGUCAGACAUGACUGCAACCCUGCUCAUCGGGGCAUAGUCACAACAUUGCUUCCAGGGAAAGGACGGUGGAUCACCACGGCGCAGGAAGUAGAGAACACCAAUGUCUGUCAUUCUCAGUUUCUUGCAGAGGCCUCGGGCAAGGCAAAAUGGAGAGACCCCAAUGGUGGCAAGGGAGGGACGGAGGCUACAGGAGAGGACCUCGACACAAUCACCGACGGUAAAGGGAAGCUAUCCCCCACUUCAUCCCACCUAUUCAAACUCAUAUUACCUCUGGGGCAUGUGCGCGGUCAACAGCCAAAGCCGUCGUCCUCCUCCCCGACCAGCAUCAAGCCGCCGCCGCCGCCGCCGCCUACCGUAUUCCUUCUCCAUCCUUCCCAACCGCUAUCCCACGUAUCCCGCCUGAUCCUCGCGUCGCUCGCGCCCGCAACGCCCACCAUUUCCUUCCGCAGCACCAGCCCGCGCGGGCGCACGUUCCAGUGGGACGAGUCCACGGACGUCGGCGACUUCAUCCGCGACGCCGCGCGUGCCACCAAGUUCACGAUCUGCAUCGGCGCGGAGGAUGCGCGCGGGGACGAGCGCGCGAUCUGGGCGCGCAUACCGAUCGAGGUGCCGUCCUUCGCCGACCGCACACGCUUCCUGCGCCGCCGCCUCCAGCUGGUCGAGGAAGAGUUGGCGCAGAUGGAGACGCUCAAGCGCCAGUGCGACCUCGAGGCACACCGCGGAGCGCGGCGGAUGGCGCUGGGCGGCCUGGGGCUGCUGGUUGUGUACUGGGGCGCCGUCGCGCGCCUCACGUUCUGGGAUCUCGGCUGGGAUGUCAUGGAGCCCGUUACCUACCUGUCCGGCCUGACCAUGGUCAUUAUGAGCUACCUAUGGUUCCUCUACCAAGGCCGCGAAGUGUCCUACUCGUCCGUGCUGCAGCGCAGCGUGUCCGCACGGCGCGAGACGCUGUACAAGGGCCACGGAUUCGACAUUGACCGCUGGCUCGACCUCGUCGCGGAGGAGAAGGGGCUGCGCAAGGAUAUCAGCAAGAUCGCGGAGGACUACGACGAGCGGCUGUGGCGCGAGCGGCAAGAGGAGAGUGAGCGGAACGAGACGGAGGGCGGGCGGCGUAAUGUGGAGAGGGAGGAGAAGGCGGAGGCGGGCCUAGAGAAGAUACCGGAGGAGCGCACCGGCGAUGAUGUUGCGCGUGAGACGCGUUCCAGCGAGGCUGGUGAAGGUGGCAAGACAUGA